AUGAAAUGCGGCGGCGCCCGCGGCGGCGCAAGGGCAACGCCCACGGCGGAGGCGGGACGAAGGGCUUGCAGUGGAAGGCGGCACAGUCGACGGGCGGGCGUAGAAGGCGGCGCACUGCUGCGUCAUGCGCUGUGCGGGGCGGUUGGGGAGGUAGUUCCGGCGGUCGGAGGCGGGCGGCACGACGCGCGCGCAGGAGGGCAGGUCGAGGACGCGUCCGGGAAGGCAUGCGCGCCCUGCUACCGCUGCGGGGUCGCGCACCGGGAUGUCAAGCCCGACAACCUCCUCUUCGACGCCGCCAUGGGCGCGCUCAAGCUCGGCGACUUUGGGUCCGCGGAGUGGUUCGGGGACGUCGCGCCUGAGGUAGUCGCCGGGAGGGAGUACGGCGAGAAGGUGGACAUUUGGAGCGCUGGGGUGGUGCUCUACAUGAUGCUCUCCGGGACCGUCCCCUUCUAUGGCGCCACCGCCCCGGAGAUCUUCGAGGCCGUGCUCCGAGACUGA